AAUUGCUCGCAAGAUGCUGCGCGCUGACGACACCCGCGGGGCGGAGCCCGUGUACGCUCAGCCCCCUUCUCCAACCUCCCGCUGGAAUAGUCGGCAUUGAGCGGUGGUUGUGGAGGAGCAGCGCUGUGUUUUGUCAGUGAUAACCCCAGGAAAGAAGAAAGUCAAGCUAACUCAUUUUGGGAUAAAAAUAUGGAAUGCAUUCUACUGUUGACUGAGCACUCCCAAAGAAACUUUGACAGUACUUUUAAAAUCCUCAGUUAGCAGUGUGUUCAUUGUCUUGAACACUAACUAGCAGUUUCCAGAUUGAGCUGAUCUUUGUUUACAUAGCUUUGCUCGGCACAUUUUCAUACUCUGGAACAUAGUCCAUUCAGUUUUACUAUAGUUUACUAUUUCUAUUGCAUUGUUAUCUUUUCUUUUGUCCCCGGAAGGAAAAAGAAACUGCCAAAAUGGUUCUUGAUGAGUACUUAUGGAUGGUUAUCGUUGGCUUUAUCAUAGCCUUCGUCUUGGCAUUUUCUGUGGGUGCCAAUGAUGUGGCUAAUUCAUUUGGCACCGCUGUGGGUUCUGGAGUAGUUACAUUAAAGCAGGCUUGCAUAUUGGCAUCAAUCUUUGAAACAACUGGCUCGGUGUUACUCGGAGCAAAGGUUGGAGAAACUAUCCGAAAGGGUAUCAUCGAUGUAAACCUUUACAACAGCUCGGUAGAUUUACUGAUGGCUGGAGAAGUUAGCGCAAUGGUUGGUUCCGCUGUUUGGCAGUUGAUUGCAUCUUUCCUUAAGCUUCCUAUCUCUGGGACGCAUUGUAUUGUCGGGGCAACAAUUGGCUUCUCCCUGGUUGCCAUUGGUACACACAGCGUACAGUGGAUGCAGCUUGUCAAGAUUGUUGCUUCCUGGUUCAUUUCACCCCUGCUAUCUGGCCUGAUGUCUGGUGCACUAUUUUUGUUGAUUAGGUUUUUCAUCUUGAAUAAGGAGGAUCCAGUACCUAAUGGACUGCGAGCACUCCCAGUAUUUUAUGCUGCUACAAUAGGAAUUAAUGUAUUUUCUAUUUUGUUUACAGGAGCACCACUACUUGGAAUGCACUUGUUUCCAGUGUGGGCCACUGCUCUGUUAUCAGUAGGCGUUGCCAUCUUAUUUGCUUUAGUAGUCUGGUUUUUUGUGUGCCCAUGGCUGAGAAAGAAAAUAGCAAGUCGAUUAAAGAAAGAGGCGCUGUCCCGUAUAUCAGAGGAAAGCCUUGACAAAAUCCAGGAUGAAGAUGCUGCUGUGUUUAAAGAGUUGCCUGGUGCAAAGGGCAAUGAUGAAAGUGUGGUGCCUCUUACUAGUGCCACCACUGAAGGUGCUAAUGGAUCUGAUACAGUUGUGAAUGGAAACACCAGAAUACCCUAUGGGAGGGCUGCUUCCAUGACAAAUGGCUCGGUUAGAUCUCCAAUCUCCAAUGGUACAUUUAGUUUUGAUGGUCACAAUGUUAAAAGUGAUGUUCAUGUGUACCAUACUGUACACAAGGACUCGGGCCUAUACAAGGACUUGUUACACAAAAUCCACCUGGACAGAGUAAUUGAUGAUCGCCCCGGGCAUGAAAACAAUUACAGAGUUUUAAGGCGCAACAAUAGUUAUACAUGUUACACUGCUGCUAUCUGUGGUAUGCCUGUCCAUUCAACAUUCAAAUCUUCAGAUACUACAACCACAGAGGAUAGUGAAAAGUUGGUCACAGACACUGUGUCUUUUUCGAAGAAGCGUAUCCGCUACGACAGCUAUUCUAGCUACUGCAAUGCGGUGGCAGAAGCAGAGAUUGAAGCAGAGGAAGGAGGUGUAGAAAUGAAGCUUGCUACAGAGCUGAGUGACCAAAAUCCAAUCCAAGAUGAUUCGUUAGAAGAGGAUAAAGAUGACAAAGACAAGUCAGACGUUCACCUGCUUUUCCACUUCCUGCAGAUUUUGACAGCUUGCUUUGGAUCCUUUGCUCAUGGAGGAAAUGAUGUCAGCAACGCGAUUGGGCCACUUGUUGCAUUGUGGUUAAUAUACCAACAAGGAGGAGUAAUGCAAGAGGCUUCUACACCUGUGUGGCUGCUCCUGUAUGGAGGAGUGGGUAUUUGCGCUGGUCUGUGGGUAUGGGGUCGGCGAGUCAUCCAGACAAUGGGUAAAGAUCUAACACCCAUAACGCCAUCAAGUGGAUUUUGCAUUGAAGUUAUGUGUGCGCUAACUGUACUAGUAGCCUCUAAUGUGGGUAUACCCAUAAGCUCCACUCAUUGCAAGGUUGGAUCAGUGGUGGCUGUUGGUUGGAUCCGCUCAAAAAAAGCUGUCGAUUGGCAUUUGUUUAGGAACAUCUUCCUAGCUUGGUUUGUGACCGUACCCGUAGCUGGUCUUUUUAGUGCGGGAGUCAUGGCAAUCUUCCAGUACGGCAUCCUUCCCUACGUGUAAUCAUGUAACCUGACUUCUAAAACAAAGAUCCAUUUUCACUUUUAAUGCAUACUGGAAAUCACAGAGCUACAGCAAUACUUUAGACCGCUACUCCACCAGCAGCGUGGAAAAUAACAGGCCCUACUACUUAUCAAUGCAUCAUCAUCUUGAUGUGACUUCUGCUGUAUAUAAUGUAUGUCAUAUUUGAGACAUGGUGAGAUGUGGCUCAUUUAA